AUGGCCGCGCUACGCCAGGCGAACAAGUGCGACGAUCUCGCGCAAUCGACGAAGGAGUGUGCGCUGCUCAACAAGCUCCCACCCGAGGUUCGACUCAAGAUUUACGACUAUCACAUGAGCGAUGUCUUCGAAGAAUCAAUACGCCAACCAAUAACCCCCGCCAUCAAAGACUUCAAGAAACCGACAUCGCCUCUCCUCGCCACUUGCAAGCUCAUCCGCGAGGAACUGAAAAAGCCGUUUUUCGAAUGCUGCGUCAGAGUACUGAAAGCCAUUUGCUCGAUUACUCACGAUAUGUUGGACAAAUACGAAGACAUGCUCGAGGAGGAGAAUCGCGUCAUCACAUGGGAGGACUACAAGGAGCACAAGGCGACGACGAGCGUUGCGAUGGGAUUGAUCAAAUUGUGGCAGUUGCGCGCGCACAAAUUAGAGGCUGAGCUGGAUGCUGACCUCGAGAGGUUGCAGUCGGAUGGCUGGAAGUUUUGA